AUGGAUCCCUCGCGGAUCAAAGAAUUCGGACUCACUCAAGUUUACCAGUCUCCCGAAAAACCCCUCGUUGAUAUUGUUUUUGUGCAUGGCUUGAACGGUCACCCGCACCGAACUUGGACUUCCAAGACAACAUCAACAUUUUGGCCAGUCGAUUUGCUGCCACAGGUUCUGCCGAGUCAAGUUCGUAUCCUCACGUACGGAUAUAAUGCAAAUGUGACAGCCUUCACGGAUGGGGUGUCGAACGAUCGGAUUCUCAACCAUUCUGAGACUCUGGCGGCUCAGUUGGCGGCCAAUAGAACUCUAAAAAGAUGCUCCGAUAGACCAAUCAUCUUUGUAUGCCACUCACUCGGUGGAUUAGUGGUGAAGCGGGCAUUGAUCUACUCUCGAAGUAUCACAAAUGAGAAGAUCGAACACUUACGAUCGAUUUAUGUCUCUACGUACGGAAUUCUCUUUCUCGGGACCCCCCACAAUGGAUCAGACGUUGCCAAAUGGGGCCUAUUGCUGCAGAAUAUCUGUACCGCCGUACUCCCAAAGAAGUUCAUAGAGACAUCUCCCCACUUGGUCAAAGCCCUCAGAACCAAUAAUGAGACACUCCAGAACAUUAACGGUCUUUUUACGGAUAUAAUCCCCCGUUUUCAUAUAUACUUUUUCCAUGAGACCCUGUCGACCGAUGUCAAAGGAACACGAGAGUUGAUUGUUGACGAAACAUCGGCGGCUCCUUACGCAGAUGGGGUGGAGCGCAUGGGUAUCGAGGCAGAUCAUAUCCAUAUGUGCAAGUUCGACGACGAGAAUUCUCCAGGAUAUGAAGCUGUUGCGGAAGCGCUUUUACGAUAUUCUCAAGACGCGCCAACUACGAUUCAUCAGAGGUGGAACGAGGAGGAGAAGACCCGGAUGAUUUUCAGAACACAAAGGGCCAAGGAGAUAUUUGGGGAUGUCCCACAAGGCCCAAGUGUGCCGGAUUAUCGUCCUGCUCCUGGUAAGACUUUCUUGGCCCCAGAAACUGUGCCGCGCUCUAUUACUGAGGAGAACAUGAGAUAUUGGCACGGGAAGCUUUCGCUACUCAGGUUUAUCACCUCGCCUCUAUUUGGGCGGAGAUACGGCCAGUUAGCAGUUCAUGACUUUUUUUUAGUUCUUCUUCAUGCUCCUUCUUCUGAUGUUCCUGCACACCCCCUGUAUUUGCCUCCGCCAGAGAACAAAACAUCCUCCGUAUCAGAUAUGGCCGGCAGUAUAGAUAAAUCUCUAACUUUGGCUCGAUCCUGGCAGCAUCUUUGGGUGGUGCCCCCGGGGUUUCACCGAAACGCCUCUUUCUUUGGCAUGCAAAAAGAGAUUGAUGUCUUACAUGCCAGAUUAUUCAAAGCUAAGAAGCGCGCAGAGAAUCUUAUGGCUGUUCUUAUAUGUGGAGUUCCUGGUUCAGGGAAAUCGCACCUCGCACGACAAUACGUCUGGACUCAUCGUGAACAUUACCCUGGAGGUAUUUUUUGGGUUGACGCUAAGUCCUGUCAGUCAACAUAUAAGUGCUUAUGGGACAUUGCCCAAGCUGCAACAUUAACAGACGGCCAGGAGUUUCAAAGUGCUGAUGCCAAAUCAUCCACCAAGUAUGUCGAGGCUGUUCGCAACUGGUUACAGUCUCGCGAUGAAUGGUUGCUUGUCUUUGAUGGAAUCAGUUUUGGCAAUGACGAAGAAAUCAACCAUUUCAAGCAGUUCCUUCCGUUUAGAGAGCGGUGCAGCAUUAUUUAUACUUCUGUUGACAAGACAUUGCGGAAGAAGCAACGAUUGUACGAACCGUACUGUCUCCUGAUAUCUCCCCUGCAGGCUGAAGAUGCGUGCAAGCUGCUCUUCAAAGAUCUCGGGAUUAAGAGGCCCACUGCAGAGCAGGUUCGCAAAGCAACUGAGGUGGUCAAUCACUACGAAUGUCUUCCCCUGGCCAUUCACGCUAUUAGCCAUCGAUUAAGUGCCACAGAUAAGCCAAUCGAGAAGUAUCACAUCGACUCCCAUUUGACGGAUGAGAAACUUGCAGAGCCAUUCUUGAGUAUUAUGCAUGAUUUAUACCGGAGGGAGCAUUUCGCCGCUCUUAACCUCAUAAAUCUAUUAUCCUUCUUGGGCCACCAUGUCCCUGUCGGGCUCAUCACCCUUGGGAAAUCCUUCCUAGAUGCCUGGAAUAUUGAAAUUGUGACGAGCAGCAGGCAUGGUGAACGAGGCGACUUUGAUACGACACUAGGGAUCCUGAUCCGCUAUGGCCUAAUUGAAAGAACAUCCGACAUAUAUCCGCUUGAUCCAAUAUCUUCGUCGCCACGGCUUGAAAAGUGUCCUGUAGAUAUGAAGACAGUCAUUCCCGAAUUAUCCGAGUCACAAACAGAGAGUAGCCAGGAGGGCUUUUUCUCCGCGUAUCAAACCUCCGGAGUGUCAGAUGUUAUCAAAAUCCACAGCGUUGUCCAAGGAUUCUGCCGUGAUGAGCUCAAAAUCCUGGAUAAGGAACUCAAGGGGCGACUGCACUUAGGCAAUUCUGGCAACACCGAUGCUGGAUAUUAUGAUUCAUGGCUUGUUGUGGCUACUCGGGUCUUCUGCAAGUCGUACGGGAACGCGAGGAGUCGAAUGGACCGGGUCGAUGACUGCGGUCUUGUAAAAGAUUACCGCGAGUAUGAGACCCAUGCGUCACAGUUGAUUAAGAAUUUCCCCAAGAAAACCUCCUACGAUAUUGUUCGCGAGGCUCGGGAUGAGCUGAAGCAAGUUGUAAAGAGCAUCCGCAACGAGAUCGAUAGAAUCUCUCCAAGCUCCUCGCAGGAAUCAAUCCGCAAGCAUCGAUCCGUUUUUGACCGGUCGAGCAGCUCCUCUUCCUUCCCCGAGUCUACGACAUCUGAUGGACCGUCACGUCAGUUAACUUGGGACUUUAGCGAUGUGGUUUCUUCGAAGGCGGAAUCACCCCAGGAGAUGCGCAUGUCACCACAUCACGUAAACUUAGGGCCAAUUAUCCCUCAUAUUUAUAGGAACGCGAGUCGUGAUAAGUAUGACGGCUAUUUGACUGACGAUGAAGGGCUAAAGGCUUUCACACGAACCUCUCCAGCGAUGUCGCAAAUUAGUCAAGGCACUGAAAGGCCAAGGUCGUCUCAAGCUUCUAGUCCUCCACAGCAGGUUGAUGAUGAGGGCUGGCAUGUUGUUGAAAAUCCUUCCAGAAAUAAGCCAGCGAAGCCAAGGAAAUCGAAGUCGACCGCUAGAUUUCCUCGCCAUAUCCGCGAUUCAAGACCAGCGGCCCCUAUAUUGGAAAGGACCCCAGCGGAAUGGAGAAGUGUGAGCGACACAGACAAACGGAAAGCCGGUCCCCUUGUGUCUGCAUCCGAGGUACUCUCAGCAGUACAGAAGGCAAGCCCACCUCCGGCGCAUGCGAGCAUUGUACGACAAGACAGGGACAAGGAGAAUGUCAUUACCUAUGCAUAUGUAGCGUCGAGGUUCUCUCAAGACCAGCUGAACUCGACAAAACAGCGGUCAUCUUCAUCGCCUGGUGGGCGUACGCGCCCUGUAUUUUCAGGUGGACAGAGCAGAUCUUCUGUCGAGUCCUUACAUAGCAAUGUGCCGUUUUCGUCGCUGUCCACGGAAUUCAAGGCUGAUCCACUAAGCCAGUCGACGUAUAGCGAACCCGAUCAGGGCUUGCUGCAGGAAUUAAAUGCCCUGGACCUGAGAAUUGCCCCGGAUUCACGGUAUAAUGGCCAUCGCAUAUCUGCUUCAAGGAGAGUUGCGCCUCUGGCCGACAUGUCCGCAAGCACGCCAUCGAUUCUCAAUAGCCUCCCGUACGAUAGUAACAUUGAGAUCCAAGUCCCGCGGCGAGGAAAGGGAGUCUCUACGCUGGCCCUCAGCCAGACUUCAACUAACCUCAGGUCAAUUCCUCACCCCUCUGCCAUCAUGCCGGGGGCCUCGCCACCAUCCUCGCAGAUUCUAGACGUAUCUACCGGCUACGCAUCUGAUCCUGCAUUAGAGCCUAUGUCCCGCGGCCCUUCCGGACAGUCUCAUCAUUCCUGGUCAACCGAGCCAUCCCGCCACCCCCCCGGACCCUCAGCACUACCCUCUCAUCUGCAAUUUGCGGGCCCGCACCACUUCGUACCCCAACAGCAAACGCUGUCUGGGGCUGGAAGCUGGGUAUCAGACCUAGGACAGUACCCACGGCAACCCCUCCUUAGCACCAGCGCCCUCCAUGUUGAUACCUCGUACGCUGGCAUCGCUACAAAGCGGGCGAUUCCUCCACUGGAUACAAAUGUGAGCAAUCUAGACCCUGUGUGGGAUCCUCCCACGGCUUCAUCGGUGCACUUUGGUGCACACCGCGUGGAUUUGCACGAUGCCCGCCAACGAUUAGAGGGAUAUCGUCAUCAAUACCAGCUUCAAGCACGGCAGCAGUAUCAAAUCUAUCACGACAAUCGGUCAGGACCGCUACUUGCGCAGGAGCCAGCUGUUUGGCCUCUACAGAUGCGAGCACGAAGCGGGAGCUCACCCUCUUCUCCGGGAUUUAAUGGGUUAGGAUUAGAUAUUUGA